GAAGCGUCGCUCGGAUGUAAAUAAAGCCCAGCUUGGACUCGUGCGGCAGCAGUAACAACAAGAGACGGAAACAUGUCGGUGGAGACGAAGAGCGAGAGGAAGGGGGCGGAGGCGGAGGCAAGUGGCAGCCAACAUGUGGGCUCUGGAGGACUGUGGGACUCCGUGAAGAACGCUGCCUUCAUCAUUGGAUCUGGAAUCAUAUUCUUGGCGGCGUUCGGAAACUCCCUCACAUGGCACCUUCAGAAGUUCUGGGGAGCUUCAGGAGACUUCUGGCAGAACUUGUGGACAAAGUUGUACCUGUCCUUCGACGGUCACUAUACUGCUUUGUUCUGCUUAGGGACGAUGGUGGCCCCCACGCUGGCGUUCUGGGGAUCCAACGCUCUUCUGAUGAUUGUGGACUACACCGGCAAACCCUCCUUCAUCACUCGCUACCGUAUCCAGACGGACAAGAAUAACCCGGUGGAUCCCGACAAGCUGCGUCACGCGUUGAAGUGCGUCAUCUUCAACCACCUGUGUGUGGCAGGGCCGAUGGUGGUGGCCGUUCACCACGUGAUGACGUGGAGAGGGAACCCCUGCGGGCCCGAGCUGCCCACCUUCCACUGGGCUCUGAUGGAGCUGGCCGUCUUCUCCAUGGUGGAGGAGAUUCUCUUCUACUAUUCCCACAGGUUGUUCCACCAUCCCAGCCUCUACAAGCAUUUCCACAAGCAGCACCACGAGUGGACGGCGCCCAUCGGAGUCGUCUCCAUCUACGCUCACCCGCUGGAGCACAUGAUCUCCAACACUUUUCCGGUGAUAAUCGGGCCGGUGAUCAUGGGCUCCCACCUGUCCACCACCUCCCUGUGGUUAUGCAUUGCUCUCCUCAGCACCACCAUCUCCCACUGCGGCUACCACCUCCCGUUCCUGCCGUCCCCGGAGUUUCACGACUUCCACCACCUCAGGUUCAACCAGUGCUUCGGGGUCUUCGGUGUGCUGGACCGGCUCCACGGCACCGACAACAAAUUCAGGCAGACCAAGCAGUACGAGCGCCACGUCCUGCUCACCAGCCUCACGCCUCUGAACGACAGCAUCCCCGACGCUCCCAAGAAGAGCCAGUGAGGACGUCUGAUCCAGAGACACGGGGGGCCUUAACUAACGCUGUUGAUUGUUUUAUUCCGUUCUGAACCGCUUCAAACCCUCAAGUCUGCCCCCAAAUCCCUGGUCAAACAUCCCUUUUUGUGCUAAAAAAUGUCAUUGCACUUUAAAACAUUCAAGUCAUUUAGUUAAGCUCUGGUGUUCAGUCACUAGAUGACUUUUAGCCUCAUGAUUAGUGCAACGAUUAUUGCAGAAGAGGAUUUGGUGAUUAAUGCUAACGCAGCAUAGCUUUUAUACAGGCACGACUUGAAUUUUCUUUGCAUUUCCACCAGUUUGCAUUUGGUUGAUUUUUAAGUUUCUAAAUUUUACUCAAAAUUAGAGGUAAAAUCUUUAUCAAAGAUGAGUCUCACGGAUUCAGAGCUCCUGUGACUGCACCCUGCAACCUCACCGUCCUCCCCCACAAAUCUCCAGAUGCAUCUGAAAUGAACAUUCAAGAGUUAAAGCACAUCACUCUAUUAGAUUGUAGGUGUAAAACUUUGAAUCCAGACCAAAACAACGGCCAUGCUGGCCAUGUCCACGUAGAACUUGAAGUGAGGCAGCGGCGCUUAGUUUGUGUGGAAAGUCCAUCGUUCCUGAACUGACUCGGGUGCAGUUUGACGGCAGGAAGUGUUCAUUUUCGUUGGGGACCAAAACGGCACAAAGUAUCCGUGAAUAUGCAGCCGGAGAGGUUUACGCUCGAGAGCAGACCUGGGAUUGUUUUAACUGCUGAAUGUUGGUGCUUCAAACUCGUGGUGAUGGACUGUGAAAUAUAUUCAACAUAAUUGUUUUUUUUGUUUUUGUGGUGUAAAAAGCACUUAAUUUUUCCAUUUUUGUAAUGGUCUGAUGGAAAUGUUGAUCAUCUCCCAGAAGUGUGAAAUAAUGUGAUUGUAUAAAAGAUAAUUAACUUUUAAUAUAACUUUUUUGGUUUGGUGUCAAACGUAAGCACACGUCCUGAGUUGAGCGCUAGUUUUGUAUCACGUGAAGCGUUUUACUUGCAGCUUGAAGCUCGUCAGUGUCGACUCACGUGAUGCGUUCACUUCCCGCUCAAACGCAGGAUAAUCUCUUAACUGCUGCACUUUCCAGUGAGGGCACUGCCUUCAGAUGUUCAGUGUUUUUAUGUGAAAAAUCUGUUAGAAAUAAAUGUAUUAUUCUGAAAUAAAAAGGUUAAUGUUCUGACGG